CGCGACUCGCGUUUUUUGGUGGCCUGCAUUUACACCUUCGAUUGCAUGUAAACGCUCUCGACGAAGAUGCUACCUUACUAUGUCCAUCGAAGAGCCUUCCACCGCUCACUGAUACGACGCCAGAACGAACAGCCGACCUAUCAGGCACCCGACGUUCCUAAGAGCGAGAAACCGAACGCCCAUCGCAACUUCUACCGGCAGUUCGGCAAGCCAGUGCUGAAGAACUUCCUCAUCGCCGUUGCCACGUAUCAGGUCAUCUAUCUCACGUGGGGCCAUCUGGAGAGGAUGGAGAUUAAGCGGGAGAAGGAGAGUGAGAUGCGGUCGUUGGAGAGUGAGCUGCAACGUUUGGCGACGAAGGAGCAUGUUGUCAGGUGAAGGCUGUGCCUAUGUAUAGGCGGUAUUGCGAAAGCGCCGGUGCUCUGCUUUCGUGCGCAGUGAUGGCCGCAACGACGUUAUAAGAUAGCGGCUGGAUAGUGUUGGACGGCAUGGCAUGUUGGUAUUGGUCAUCCUGCUGGUCACGGCGUGCCUACACGUUGUCGUUUGAUGUGAGCCAGCGACCCGCUCUUAACACGCGACAACAAUCGGCAUUCUCUCAAGAGCGUAGAGCAAGAAUCGAAGAGAUGCGUGUCCGACCAUCGACCAUGCACGACACGCUGGACGACCCGACGGACCCGAGACCCGAAAUUCGAAGUCCGAGACCGAGACCGAGAC